GAGAAAGAGAGAGAGAGAGAGGUCGCGCGAUAAGUCCUAACCUCAAACUUUUGAAGAGAAUUUCAUGGAAAUUCGUGUCCGACGUUGAUCGACCGGACGAGGUUUCCGUAAGAGAAAGGUGGUUUCAUUUCCGAGGAAUAGUCCCCGGUCGCUCGCCACGAUGAGCGUGUUUACCCAGAAGCUGAGUCGGCUGCGGUGUUCGUACUCGACGCUGUUAAGGCUAUCCAAUAGGCGCGAACAUCCGCAGUGGUUAGUCGCGUCGUUGAGCUGCAGGAGGUUACACUUGGUACAGUCUUCCACGCAGGGCGUCGAGCCGGAUGACCGUCACGAGACGGUCAGCAAGUCGGAGAUCAUGGGGGAGAACGAUUAUGCUCAUAGACUCUUCCUGAACUCGUACAAGUACGCCAAGAGCAUGAUGCUGCGGAACACGGCGCAUGCCGAAGUCAGCAACGAGAAGGCCAAGGAACUGUUGGAGCAGGACUGGAGUCAGAAGAUCGGCAAUGAGCUAUUGUCUGCCGUGAAGAAGCUCAGCUACAACAUCAGCUACAAUGAUGAGAGAAUAGACGAGCACUUGUACAAGAACGCCUUCGUCGCGAUGCAUAACAACCAUCAGAAGCUGAACGAUCAAGACUUGAUCACGUUGACGCGAUACUUGGUGCCGUUCUGUCAGUACCUAAUCAAGGAGCCCUUCUGUCAGCAAUUCUAUAAGCAGCUAAACUUAGAGUGCGUCAAGCGUUUCAUGAACCUGUCCGUCAACAACAUGCUCGCGCUCUGCGACACGUUUUACGAGAUGGCACAUUCUUACAAAUCUGAGUAUAUCUGGUAUGCCAUAAGGAAAUUAGGUAAUAAACCCCAAAAGCUGGCUCCUCAUCAUCUAAUCCAGGUGUUGUUCUUCCUGAACGUGUGUCGGAAGCUACCUAUUAACAUGUAUGAACUGGAGUAUCACUUGGAGCAAUGCUUCGACGAAUUGACUAUCAACGAGGUUGGUGUGGCGGCGUUGGGCUUUUUCAAGACUGGCACGAAGAUCAAGAGCCAUUGGCUCUUGAGCCGCCUUAUGACAAGAACCAUCGCUGAAUUAAAUUAUACGGACACUGUUAGUAUCGGAGCAAUCGCCAAGUUGAUACGGUACAGCAUGCAACUUACGGAAAUCAACAAGCUUAAAGAGUUGAUAGACGCUAUAGUGCCGAUCGAGUCUCGCUUGACGCUGAUGACCCUGAAUCAUAUCGCGCACGCGAGUACGAGGGUUUCGCUGUACCACGAAGAGUUGAUAAAUACGAUAAUCAAAAGAUUGAACAACGAGUUGACGACCGCAAGAAUCAAAGACUUUGAGAGACUCAUCUUUUAUCUCACCUGCUUCAACGUCGAUCCGAACAAAAGCGUCUAUCACAACGUGAUCCAGGAGCUGCGGGCCGCGUGGUACACGAGUAGAGCACAAGAAAUACAGCAGUUUCCAUACGUGAUCUCGCGCCUGUUAAUAUUUUUGUCGUACGUGAAUCUAUAUCCCACGGAUUUGAUCGAACGCGUCAUGGCGUCUCAAUUCAUACACAACAUGACCACUGGAAAGUACUAUCUCGUCUCGCAGGGAUACAUGGUAUUGGAUUACAGUCUUCAAGUGGAAGUACCCGAGUAUAGUGGGCCGUUUCUUCGAGAACCAUUGCGCGAUUACCUGUUCAAAAGAUAUUUUCUGAAUUUCAAAUCCGCGGAGUCGAGUCGGGCGAAUAUACUUCUCACACACGUGCUGCAAACGUGUCAGGAGAUGUUCAACAAUACGUCGGACAUAUUAGUCGAUCAGCUGUUACCACACUUCAUGACACGGGACAUCACCUUCGCCCUGGACGAACAGAAUCGACUUGUAUCUAUCAAGGACUAUAUGUCCAAAUUCGAGCCGGGAGAAAUUAAGCGGAUAAGCGAGGAAGAUCGAAAGAAUAUUAGAUGGAUCGUGCUCAUUAUGGGAUACCAAGGUGUUCUGAUAAAGCACACAAACGAAACUGUGACUAGGUUGCCCAUCGGACUCCUGGCUGCAAGGAUAAGGCAGCUGGCCAAAAUAGGAUAUACCCCAAUCUUGGUAUCGCACGUCGAGUGGGAGAAAUGUGAAACGCAGGAGGAAAGGUAUAAUUACAUAAGACAGCUUUUAUUUCAAAAUGACGCACCAGAAUAAAUCAGUGACGAACAAUGUAGCGGUCGCUGGUACCGUUCGUAUCAAAGUCGGCAUCAAUCCGUUGUACAGCGCGCCAACACCUUCUCGCUUCACGAUGUCUUUGAAGACUAUCCACGCGGGUGUCUUCAGAUUUUUCACCUGGAAAGAAGAUAUCUCAUUAGGAGUUAAAGAUCUUUGUAUGCUACGCUCUUCAAAUAUAAUGCGUUGACACUUCUUA